AUGUCCCGUCAACCAACACUAAGAGACGUGCUGGACUCGUUUCUGACCGGAUCCCAGACCGGGUCUCAGCCCCAAAUUAUCAGCGAGUACCUCGAAACACUCAGACAACAGCAACAGGACCCAGAAAUGAUGGAGGCGUUGGUUCGUACCAUCUUAGACCCAACCGCGGUUAUGCUUCCUGGGGAGCAGAAAGGUCUCGACGACGAGUUCCUGGAUACACUAGAGCGCGUGAAACUUUCACAGAUACCCAAGGAUAAGUGCUGUCCGAUCUGUACAAACGAAUUCCACCAGGAAAAGUACCCGUUGAUUGUGGAGCUACCAUGUAAUGUGAAGCACUACUUUGAUCUGGAUUGUAUAGGGCCCUGGCUCAAGCUGAACAGAACUUGUCCGCUGUGUAGAGUGGAUGUGACGAAGAAGAAGACUCUGGAGUUGGAGGACAGCGAGGAGGAACAGGACCUCAUCGGGUCUUUCAACAACUCCACCACCUUUUGGGCCACUGGAGAGUCGGACUCCUCGUGCAACGUAUCCAACGUUGACGAGAGAUCCGACACCUGUUUUGCGUUGUCCGAGAGCUUUUGCAUGGCUUUACCCAUGCCCAACGGCUCCUGGACGUACAUGUUGCACUUCAUUCCAACUCCCCACAUGGAGUGUUUCUGCAGAACACUGAGCAUGAUGUCGAUGACCUCGUUGUCGGCGUCCCAGAUCUUGAUUUUGCGGCCGUGGGUGUGUCUUUCAAAGUUCUCCUUUGUCUUGGCAUGCACGAACGGCGACUUGAUAACCGUCCAUCUUUCUGUUCUCUUGCGCAACGGCAGCGGGCCCGUGGCUGGCAGACCCAGCACCUCCUCGGUCGUCAGCACCUGCGGCUCGUACUGGCCAAAAGCGUCCACCAGUCUUGAUUUCUCCGCCUUGACCGAGUCCACCGUUGGCACCUUGGACCCUUGCAACUUGAGAGCCGCCAGCUCGUCCAGCUGCUUAUUGAUGUUCAAUUUCCGGGCGCUUAGCGAAAACUGCCGGCGCGCAGUGCGCAAACAGCUGGCCGUCAACAUGGUGUAUAAUAAAAUUUUUCAAGGAAAAAAAGUUAUUCUUCUGGUACAGGCUCUUAGUAUGGGAAAGAGCAGUAAGGACAAAAGAGACGUUUAUUACAGAAAGGCCAAGGAGGAGGGCUGGAGAGCACGGUCUGCGUAUAAGCUGUUGCAGCUGAACGAGCAGUUUGGGCUGUUUGACGGCGUGCACCGCGUGGUGGACCUUUGCGCUGCUCCCGGAUCUUGGUCGCAGGUUUUGAGCCGCGAGAUCUUCAAGGAGCCUCGUUCCGACGCCCAGAUCGUCGCCGUGGACCUCCAGCCAAUGGCCCACAUUGAUAACGUCACCUCGUUGCAGGCAGACAUCACCGAUCCGCGGACCUUGGACCGGAUCCUCAGUAUUUUUGGUGGCCAGAAGGCCGACUUUGUGUGCUCUGACGGCGCUCCAGACGUGACCGGUCUGCACGAUCUUGAUGAGUAUAUCCAGGCGCAGCUUGUGUUGUGUGCUCUUCGACUCGCAACGUGUUUGCUGAAAGAAGGGGGCACUUUUGUGGCCAAAAUCUUCAGAGGAAGAGACAUCGACCUUUUGUACAGUCAGCUCGGGUUUCUGUUCGAGAAGGUGGUGUGUGCCAAACCGCGUGCGUCCAGAGGAACGUCGCUCGAGUCGUUCAUUGUUUGCAUCGGGUACAAGCCCAGAAAAGGAUGGACUCCUAAUUUGCAACCAGAACUCUCAACAGAGGAGUUUUUCCAGGACAUGGACAUCGGCCGCGCCAAGUUGCACGAGGACCUGCGCGUGGACUUUGAGGAGCGGAAGGUGGCGCCGUUCGUGGCGUGCGGAGACCUGCUGACCAGCUACGACUCGGACGCAUCUAAGCUACUCUUUCUUCUCCUCUCCCUUGACCAAAGCGUCUGGCUUCAGAGUUGGGAACAGAAGAACGUCUCUGAUGGUGUUGGAGUCGGUCAAGAACAUGGCCAAUCUAUCAAUACCGCAACCCCAUCCGGCAGUCGGAGGAAGACCGUACUCCAAAGCGUUACAGAACACCUCGUCAACAAGCUGUGCUUCGUCGUCUCCCUGGGCCUUUUGUCUGGCCUGUUCUUCGAAUCUCUGUCUUUGGUCGAAUGGAUCGUUCAACUCGGUGUAAGCGUUACAAAUCUCCUUGGUUGCAACGAAAACCUCGAAACGCUCACAAAGACCUGGAAUGUUUCUGUCGUACUUGGCCAACGGAGACAUCAUCUGAGGAUGGCCAAAGAUGAACGUUGGGUUGAUACAGGUGUCUUCGAGCUCGCCAACAAGCUUGUCCAGCAUUCUAGCGUUGGUCAAUGGAGGAGGACAGUCCAGCUUGUGCUUGAUCAGAAUACUCUUCAAGAACUCGCCCGUCUCGGCGGUGUGCAACUGGUCUCCUGGAGGGAACUUGACGUCGAACACCUUCUCGAGCUCCUCGAUCAUGUUGAUUCUCUUCCAUGGUCUCGAGAAGUCCAAAGUCAACUCCUUACCUUCUGGACCUUCAGGGUGAUACUUGACCUUGUAAUCUCCGGUGAUCUCCUUGACCAUCUCGGAGAACAACAGCUCGGUGGUAUCCAUCAGGUCGUACAUAUCAGCAUACGCCUCAUAGAACUCACAAGUGGUGAACUCUGGGUUGUGAGUCAUGUCAAUACCCUCGUUUCUGAAUUGUCUUCCAAUCUCGUAGACUCUCUCCAUUCCACCAACAACAAGCUCCUUCAAGAACAACUCUGGAGCAAUUCUCAUGUACAUGUCCAUGUCCAGGUCGUUGUGGUGGGUGAUGAAAGGCUUGGCGGUAGCACCUCCAGCAAUCACGUUCAUCAUUGGAGUUUCGACCUCAAUGAACUUUCUGCUGUCCAAGAACCGUCUGAUGUACGAGAUGAUCUUGGAUCUGGUCACAAAGGUGUCCUUGGUGGACUUGUUCAUGAUCAGGUCCAAAUAUCUCUUUCUGUAUCUGGACUCUUGGUCCUUGAAACCGUAGUGCUCGGUUGGAAGCAUGUGCAAACAUGGAGUCAACAACUUGACCUUGGUUGCAAAAACAGACAGUUCUCCCUCACCACCUUUGGCAGGGUUGGUUUUACCAGGAUAACCUUCAACACCAAUGAUGUCACCUCUUCUAAGAAUCUCGUGCAUCUCUUGGUAAUCUCCAAUAGCGUCCUGGGCUUGAGCCAUAACUUGGACGUUGGUUCCCUCACCAGCAAGGUUGUAGAACUUUAG